CAUUUUUUUAAAAAGACUCAGUGACAAAAGGUUACUGGCCACCACACUGAACCAUCCAAAUAUAAAACAUUUCCAUGAUCCCGGGAAGUUCUGUUGGACAUGCUGCUCCGGAAUGCUUGCUCCUCCAGGCGCGGGUUAGGGCUUGUACACCCUCUGUCUCCAUCCAUGCUCACCACCGCGCCCGACACAGCAGGCUCUUGCGUGGACUGCCCCCAGGGAGGUUUCCAGUUGAGUGGUGAGAACAGAAAAUACAAGAGACUGUUAAACGAGGUGGCGAAGCCUGAAAACCUUGCAAUAGGGGCCGAGGUAAGAGUCCCUAAUGUCCGGGAAACGUGAGGGGAGAGGUCAUGUGUGCAGGGCAGACCCGGAGACGGUGAAACGUGCUACAGCUCACCCACUCCCAGCCUUUAAAGGGAGAGAGUGGAGGAGAGGAAAGGAGACUUCCCUGGAGAGGACUGCGGUACACCUGUGUUACCGCCACUUCCUGUUCACGACGCGAAGGCACAUAACGAGGGCAUGGCUUCUCCCUGGCAUGAGCCAAGUGAGAAGGAUACUAAGGAGACCAUUCCAGGAGCUUGCGUGUGUCUCCUGGAGAUGGGCAACUUCAAGAGUAUAAAUUCUAGAAUCCCUGCUCUGUCAUUUGCCGGCUGUGUGGCCUUGUGCCCGUUACAUAACUUCCAGUUUCUUCUUUAUAAUUUUGAAUCAAGAUGGUACCUAUCCCAUAGGGCUGACCUAAGCGUUAAAUGAGACUAUCAAUGCAACGUACCAAUACGAGCAAUUCAGCUUUCUUUGAGCUGGAUCUGCUGAUUGGAGAGUUUCUUUUUCUUUAAAUCUUUUUAACACGUUCCUAAGUACAGCGGCUCUAGCAGGCAAGCAGAAAAUCUGGCUGACCACCAGACGUGUGUGCUCUUCAUUCUACAAUGUAGAGUUUUCUCUGGGACGCCCCGCCCAGCUCAGGACUGCAUCUCUCCCCUUUGCGUUCAGAUAUGGCUGCAUCACACAUUAUCACAAUGGAAUGUAGAGGUGACGUAUCCAGCUAUGAAGACCAGCAUCCUGCUCAUGCUCCUGUGGGGGUUGUCCUGUGCUCUCCCAGUAGCCAGGUAUCAAAAUACUGAAUCCAAGAGCUCUGAAGAACGGAAGGGUCAGUUGGCUCAGACACCAGCACCACCUUUGGAGAGCAGUGAGUCAUCAGAAGAAAGUAAACUUAGCUCAGAGGAACAGGCACACGAAGACCCCAGUGACAGCACCGAAUCCGAAGAGCACCUGGGCCUUGAUGGUCAGUAUAGUCACAGACCAGCUGGUGGCCUUUCUGUGAGUGGAGGAAAAGAAGGUGAAGAUAAAGAUGAUGAUGAAGACGAGAGUGGAGAUGACACCUUGGGCGAUGAUGACAGUGGCCCAGGACCUGAAGAGAGCAACUCCAGACUCAGAAGCGGUGAGGACUCUGCUGACACCACACAAUCCAGGGAAGACAGUGCCCCCCAAGGGGAAGUCAGUGCCCAAGAUACCACCAGUGAGAGCAGGGGCCUUGACAAUGAGGAUGAGGCGGACAGCAGGCCCGAGGGAGGUGACUCCACUGCAGCCAGCGAGAGUGAGGAGCCCUGGGUGGGGGGCGGCAGUGAGGGGGAAGGUAGCCACGGGGAUGGCUCUGAGUUUGACGAUGAAGGGAUGCAGAAUGAUGACCCAGGCACCUUCAGGAGUGGGGGAGGCACCUCCAGAAUAAGCACUGCCAACUUCAAGUCAAAAGAACCCAAAGGGAAAGAUGAGGAGAAAGCAAGCACUCAGGAUUCAGGUGAAAGCCGGUCAGUGGGGCAUGCCAGUAGGAACUUCUUCAGGAAGUCUCGCAUUUCUGGGGAAGGUGGCAGAGGCGAGCUUGAAGAUGAAAAUAUGAUGGAACUCAAGAGUGACUCCGCAGAAGCUCACCUCAGCCAGUCCUGGGAACACCGCAGGAGGGAGUCUCAGCAGGAGAGCGAGGAGAAUGAAUCCCCAGAAGAAGGUCAGCACGUUCAAGGCCUCAGCAGUGAGUCUAGCCAGGAGGUUGGCCUGCCUUCUCAAGAGAACAGCAGCGAAUCUCAGGAAGAGGGAGUGGGUGAGCCCAGGGGUGACAACCCAGACAUCACCAGUCACUCUAAAGAAGAUCCGGAAGAGAGUGACUCCAGUGAGGAGAGCUUGGACAAGCCCUCCAAUUCCGAGAGCCAGUCCAGAGAGGAUCCGGCAGACGCCGAAUCCGAAGAGAGCCUCCUGUCCUCGGAGGAAAGCCCAGAGUCCACGGAAGAGGAGAACAGCUCCAGCCAGGAGGAGGGCCUCCCGUCCCACAGCCCCUCAGCAGAGACCCAGAGCCAGGAAAGCCAGUCUGAGCAGGACAGCCCGUCCGAGGAGGACGAUGCCAGUGAUUCCCAAGACAGCAGCAAAUCAAGAGAGAGCCACUCCACCGAGAGCACGUCCAGCAGCGAGGAAGAGGGCCGGGCAAAAGCCACGGAGAUAGAGAGCAGAAAAUUAACAGUCGAUGCUCAUCACAACAGACCCAUGGGGGAUCAGGAUGACAAUGACUGCCAGGACGGCUACUAGGGUCCGCUUUCCCGAGUGGCCCCCACCCACAGGCGUCUCGAGGUCGGAGAGUGGGGAGGCCGCUGUAACUGGAAUUUACUGAUGGCUUUACCAGAAGGAAAAUCAGAGGCUACUUCUUCCUGAAUAGAAAUGCUGGACAUCACACUUGUUUCUAGGGCGUCACCAAACCGCAGAGGUUCAAUAAUGGGGAAUUUCACUAGAAUACCCAUGGUGAGACUAGAAGCCAGGCGAGCUGUGUAUUAUGGCUUCACAGCUGAAACAGUUCCUAAGUCCUUAACCAGCAGUUACUGAGGUUCUGUUUCGUACUAGGCACUGCUCAGUGCUGGGAAUAUAAGGAAGUUCAAGACUUGUUUCUUGCUCCCAAGGAGCUUAUAGAGGGAUAAAUAAAGCUAAAGAGCUAAAGAGGGACACAGACGAUGGGAACAGGAUUAGUACAAUCCAGGGAGGUGAAUGCUACUCCACAGGUGUGACCGAAACAUAGGAGGGACAGAGGAGGGACCACCUUGGCCUUGGAGGAUCAGAGGGGACUUCGCAGCGGAAAAGCUACUGGAGCCGGAGCAUUGCGUUGAAUUUUUCCAUUUAGGGCAAGACAGUCUUAUUCAUUCUCAGCAUAAGCCAUGAAAAGUCCUAUAUGAAUAAAUAUAUAGUUUGCGAAAGCACUUUCAAUUUAUGGCACAGUGAGGUGUUUUCGAUUAGCAAAACUUUUUUUUCCAACUAAUUUAUCAUUGUCAAUAUUUCUGUGGAACUCCCAUGAACACUGACUCCCAGACCACUGGUGAGAUGUGGAGGACUGGCUGGGGAAGGGUGGAAAAGGAAGUUCCUCUGUAAAUAGACAACGUUCAGCCUAAUUUUUUUCUAGAAUCAGUCUAUGUGCAAUGCCAGAAAACCUAUUCUCUGAGUCCUUUGCCUGUGUUGCAUGUAGCAAAAUUGUGUGUAUAGAAUUCAGUUGAUUUUUGUCAAAUACCCUUUGAAAUGUUACCUCAACAUAAAAUAUUUGUUUUGUAAUAAAGAUAAUAAUAUCCA